GGCUCGUGGCGCUGUGAUUGGUCUGCCCGGACUCCGCCUCCAGCGCAUGUCAUUAGCAUAUCAUUAGCUGUCCGCUUGGGCACCGGAGGCAGCCAACGCCGCCAGUCUGAGGCAGGUGCCCGACAUGGCGAGUGCUGUGCUGCCGAGCGGAUCCCAGUGUGCGGCGGCAGCGGCGGUGGCGGCGCCUCCCGGGCUCCGGUUCCGGCUUCUGCUGUUGCUCUUCUCCGCCGCGGCACUGAUCCCAACAGGUGAUGGACAGAAUCUGUUUACGAAAGACGUGACAGUGAUCGAGGGAGAGGUUGCGACCAUCAGCUGCCAAGUCAAUAAGAGUGACGACUCUGUGAUUCAGCUACUGAAUCCCAACAGGCAGACCAUUUAUUUCAGGGACUUCAGGCCUUUGAAGGACAGCAGGUUUCAGUUGCUGAAUUUUUCUAGCAGUGAACUCAAAGUAUCAUUGACAAAUGUCUCAAUUUCUGAUGAAGGAAGAUACUUUUGCCAGCUGUAUACUGACCCCCCACAGGAAAGUUACACGACCAUCACAGUCCUGGUCCCACCACGUAAUCUGAUGAUCGAUAUCCAGAAAGACACUGCGGUAGAAGGUGAGGAGAUUGAAGUCAACUGCACUGCUAUGGCCAGCAAACCAGCCACGACUAUCAGGUGGUUCAAAGGGAACACGGAGCUAAAAGGGAAAUCGGAGGUGGAAGAGUGGUCAGACAUGUACACGGUGACCAGUCAGCUGAUGCUGAAGGUGCACAAGGAGGACGAUGGGGUCCCAGUGAUCUGCCAGGUGGAACACCCUGCGGUCACUGGAAACCUGCAGACCCAGCGGUAUCUAGAAGUACAGUAUAAGCCUCAAGUGCAUAUUCAGAUGACUUAUCCUCUACAAGGCCUAACCCGGGAAGGGGACGCGCUUGAGUUAACAUGUGAAGCCAUCGGGAAGCCCCAGCCUGUGAUGGUAACUUGGGUGAGAGUCGAUGAUGAAAUGCCUCAGCAUGCUGUACUGUCUGGGCCCAACCUGUUCAUCAAUAACCUAAACAAAACAGAUAAUGGUACAUACCGCUGUGAAGCUUCAAACGUAGUGGGGAAAGCUCACUCGGAUUAUAUGCUGUAUGUAUACGAUCCCCCCACAACUAUCCCUCCUCCCACAACAACCACCACCACCACCACCACCACCACCACCACCAUCCUUACCAUCAUCGCAGACACAACGGCGACGACAGAACCAGCAGUUCACGGCCUUACUCAGUUGCCCAAUUCCGCAGAAGAACUGGACAGUGAGGACCUCUCAGAUUCCCGAGCAGGUGAAGAAGGCUCGAUCAGGGCAGUGGAUCAUGCCGUGAUCGGUGGCGUCGUUGCGGUGGUGGUGUUCGCCAUGCUGUGCUUGCUCAUCAUUCUGGGGCGCUAUUUUGCCAGACAUAAAGGCCUGUUUUCUCUAACCUCCUCUCCCAGAAUAAAGUGAUGGGGGCAGCUAUAGUGUUGCAAUUAGGAACAUGAAUCUUUUAUCGUUUGGACAAGGAAGGGAAAAUGCCAUUACUGUCAACUGAAAUGUCCUGCUUGGGUUUUUUGCUCCCACUUCCCUGCCAAAGCCCAUUGCUGCCGCUGAAAGUGUGUAACAUUCACAGCUGUUCUUGAUGGCUUGAUUCUUAACACAGCCAGAAAUGUAGCCCGGGAGAUGCUUAAGACAGUUUAUGGAAAAUAAUAGAUUUCCUUGCAGAGACACCAAUGCAUCGAGAAGGGCCUUGAGUCACGUUAGCCCCAGCCAAGAUCACCAAUUUUCUCUCUAUCUGGCUUCAGUUCCAAAGGCUAUUGCUAAAAAAAAAAAAAAAAAAAAAAAAAAAAAAAAUCCAGGCCCUCUUGAAUUCUCUGUGUUUUCCCGGUUGGUUUCUAUCAGCACCCACAAGUCUCUGGCUAUGGCGCCCUUUGUCUCACCACUCACCUGCAGCAGCUGUAAGACCUGAAAAGAAGCCAUGUCUACAGAAGUGGAAAGAAAAGGAUGCUACCAAGGGGAGAAGAAGAACUCCCAGGAAAGCCACCAGAUGAGCACUGAGACUAGGUCCACCACCAGCUGGGCGCUCCAGAGACAGACGGCUAUGUUGGAUGCCACCCUACCUUCCCAGCACAAGAGAGGGGUCCCUUCUUCCCUGUGUGGCAUCUCCGCGUGGCCAUCAGGAAUUUUAAGAAGUGGUGUAGUUAGUUCCGCUAGCUCCAUCACUGUGCCCUGACCACUCUCAGACCCAGCCCUUAGUUAGGGUCUUCUGGGAUUGGCACUCCCUUUGGCAGGUAGAAGGGAGUGGCUUCCCAGUCACAGAUACUGGGAAGCCUGAAAGAAUGAAACAGCAAACAGUGCCUCACAAGUUUGCAGCUUUCAGACUGUUUCUGCAAAAGCAUGUCAAAGCCAUGUGUCUCUGCCCAACUGUGUCUCCCCAGUCGUGCCUGGAAGUAAAGGUUGGAGGAUAUGGGCUGGCAGGCAAUGGCCAGCUCUCUCUCCCUUUCACUCUAGUAUCAGCUGCAGACACCCCCAGUGAGUGCCACCACUCUCCCGCUGUUUUCAUUCUCAGCUUCUCCUAAAUGGAAACCAUUAAUCAUACUAAAUUGUGCAAUGAUUCCGUGAUAGGGAGAAUGCUGAUGGCAAAAAUCAUUCUCCUUUGUUGUGCCAGGCAGGCAAAAGGCAGAAGUAUUAGCUUGUCGCCCUGCCUGGCUCCUUGCAAAUGCUGACCAUGUGUUUGCCUACGCAGCUGCCUCUAUGCACACAGCUUAUUUUAGCACUGGUCUAAGGCAUUCCAACUGUUGACAGAAAACAAGGCCAUUUCUUCCUUAGUCCUAGGACUGCCAGGAAGACUGUAACUGCUGGUGCUCCCUGAAGUCUCUCCCAUCUCAAGAUCCCCAUAUCAGAGGUAGGGAUGAUACAGGACUCAUGCGGAAAACUCAAGAUGGUCUCAGAUGGGGUGAGCUGGUGGGGUAAGCCGUGCCCCCUAUGUAGUUCUGCCAGCUGGAUUGCAGAAGAAGCCAGGUGUGGGUACCAAGGAGGCUUUUUGCCUUUCAGAAUUUGACGUCUGCUUCAUUUUCGACAAGCCUCUUUGUAAGCCACCCCUUCUGAAUUAGAAUCAUUUUCCAAAAGCUCUUAAGCUAUGAUUAAUGCCAGGGCUGUUUUUAACAAUCAUCCUGCCAGUCUUAAGCUGUAGUCAUUUUCAAUAAUUUGGAGUGCUCAAAGGCAAGCCAGGAGUUUGUUGACAACAAAACCCAUAAGAGCACAGCCAGGCAGCCACAAAAGAUGGAAAAGCAAAGGGACCAUUUGGGCUUAGCUGGCUUUCUGCUCCCAGAGUUUCACCACUAAAAGUUUGAUUGAACACUCACAAUGCAUUAAGGAUCCAACUGUGAACAUGGCUCCGCGAGAGGGCUGCCAGGCUGGCUUUUGUGUGAACAAGCAAGCCGCGUGUUUGGGGGGCUCCGGGUUUAUUUAUGGACACGUGUGGUUCAUUCAUGCCGUCCCCAAACCGGAGUGUCCUCGUUUGUCUUCCCUCUGCCAACAUGGAAGACCAAGAAAGAAAUCCAGUUGCUUUGCUCUGGGGCUGUUUGCUUCCCGUGAAUGCUGAGCAAGUCUCUGGCCAAGACAUGGGAAUCCUGCUCCGUAGAUGGCCCCGGCUGUUUCCCCAGCCUUGUGUGUUAAACUAGCAUUCUCUUUUUAAUCUUGGCAAUUUCAUGCUAGAGUCUCCAUCUGUUUGAAAAGCCCAAACCGAAGGAAGUUACCAUUUGAAGUGUCCGUGAUUGCAGAUUUACUUCGACUCAGCUUCAGAUAAGCACUUAUUUCUAGCUCAUUACUUCCUCCGGUAGGAAAGGGUCAGCUCCGGGUGAUGGGAGUUUAACCCAAUGAAUUUGGUGUGAUGGAUAGAUAUUUGUGUCUCCAUUCGACUCUGCCACUGCACCAAGUAUUAUGUAGAGUGUGUUGCCAGCCAGGGAGAACACAGAUCCCUGAGUAUAGCUGGGAGCUUUUAUUAGCUAACUUCCAAUAAACUCCCUUCAACCAUGAAUCACAGCAGAGCCUCCGCCCUGCGCUCCACAUGGCCUUGGCGGUAUCUAUCAUGUCCCCUCUCUGUCUCUAUUCGCUUCACGCCCCUUUCUUCUGUGGCAGAAUGAACAGAUUUCUAGUGUUGGGCCCCUAGAGCUGUGUUUCUGUCUUGGAUAGAGGGGCCCGAAAGGAAAAUCGUAACCUAUCAGGACUUUGUUUCCCUACACCCCUUGUUUGCUGGCUUUCCCUGGCAACUUUUCAGGGGAGUCUUUGCGACAUCAUCCCCCUUAGCAUGGCACCUGCUCUAGGAUCCUGAGGGUUGGGGAAAUGAAAAGCUUCCUCUAAGCCUACUGCUUCCUUUAUAUUCCAUCUCAGUUUAAUCAGUCUACCAAACUAAAAACCUGGGUUAUUUGCCUCUACUGGUUUCCAAUUCCUGCCCAUUGCCCCUAAAUACUCUCAAACUUGACUCGAAUGCAUCAUUUCCCUGUCACUCACCUGGUCCAGGCCCUUUACCUUCAAAUGAAGGAAUGUGGCAGCCUCUGGUCUGGCUUCCCUUCCUCCUCCCCCAGGCCCCUCACCAUCCCUCCCUUGCUGGGGAACCACUCUUGGUUCACUUUUGACUGCAGACUAAAUCCAAAUCCUCACAAUCUGCCUUCAAUUCAGUUCGGCCUUUCAGUGUUACCCUGAGAUCCUCCACUGCCCAUGGCCCCUGGCCCCUAUCCUAUCCCACCUCUGUGCCUUUGAAUAUUCAGGGGGUGUCCUCCUCCUUUUGAGAAUGUCUCUGCCUCCUUCAGGUUGCUUCUCUGUGCUUUUUCAAUUCCUCAUGCUUACCUCAAUUUGUGUCCUUAUCACAUAUCUGAACUGUUUGUUUACCUUUCCAUCUCCCUCAAUAAAAACAGUAAAUUCCUGGAGAGUAGAGACCGUAUCUGAUCCAGCUCCAUAUCUCCGAAGCCAAGUGCAGUAUCUGGCCCUGUGCUCAAUAAAUUAUUGAAUAAUAAGAGAUUUUUUUUUCAUCCCUGGUUGGAUGGGUCUUUCAAGUGUCUGUCUCUUUCUUAGAAAUAUCUUGGUAAGGCCUGGGUUUCCUUUUUCUUUCUAACCAGCAAUUCUAAAGUUUUGAGAACUUCCUCUGUAUGCUUUGUUAAAUUUUUGUUUGGGUUUGGUUUUUAAAAUGUUGUUUCUUGCUCUGUCACUGUCGACAUCAUUUUUUCCCCACGUCUCCCUUCUUCUAUCUCUCUAAGCCGUUUUCUCCAUUAAGGUCAGAAAGCAUAGUGCCUGUGCCCUAGAAACAUUUCAAGAGCCUGUGAACAUACUUGAGACCUGGAAAGAAAAAAAAAAUAAUAUAUAUAUAUAUGGGCUCUAAAAUCCAGGGAAGGCCAGAAAACUAUAAAAUCAAAUGUAUUAAUUGUUUAAUUAAAUAUCUACAAAACCAUAAUAAUGUCACCAGCAAAAUUCAGCCUAACUGAACUGGUAAAUAAUCAGAAACUGUACUCAACAUGGGAUCCUAAUAUAUGUAACACAGUGUGGAAUGGAGUCUUCAUAAAUAGAGGUUCUAGGGACUGCACAGGCUUCCAAACAGUCUCUCCUCUGUCUUCCUUCUUUUCUUUUCUUUUCCUCUUUCUCUCCCUCUCUUUCUCGCUCUCUCUUCUCUGAAUCUUGCACCCCAACUCUGGGCACGUAGAGCAAGUUCUGGAGGGAGCCAACCCAGAAAAGAACCAGACCUGCCAGGUGGGCAGAGUGAACUGUCGCAUGGGCCGUCAACCUCUCCCGGAAGACCAGAAUCUGACAUAUACACCUGGGGGCUCAGGAUGGAAAGCUGAGCUACCCAACUAUGCAGAGUGAACUUUUAGCUUUCCUUAGUGACUGAUUCUCCUGGGUCCAGCAACGGCAAUCUGUAGAGAUCUCUGACCUGUACACCCAGCUUCCAAUCUGUACAGCAAAUUGUCAGUGUGAACACCCUGGGCUGUGAAGAGCAGGCGACUUCUCUGUCCACUGCCGUUUUCUGGCUUAGGGGUUUUGUUUUGGUGUGUGUGGGAGGUGGGCAGGCUGGUGGUGAUGAGCUCUGACUCCAGGAGCCAGUAUUCAUGAGUAGUGUUUCCAGCUGUGCCUCUGAUUCAGCCAUGACCUUGGGCAAAUCGCUUCCUCCCUGGGCCCUGCUCUCCAGCUGUACAGAGCCUCAAUCCCAAAGUUAUUUGUAAAGUGCUUUGACAUCUCAGAUCCUAGGCACGGUAAAGAGCAAAAAUACUGCUGUUGUUGUAGAGCAUUUAAAACCCUAAGGAAAAUAUGCGUUGCUCCCUCUUGAGUUGAAAAUUAAAAAGCUGUAAUAAUUGACGACUAAUUCCAUUGUUGCUUUAUGAUGUCGUCGCCAUCCUGGGAUCAUCUUCUUUUUGCUCUUUUUCUUUAUAAAAAAUAAAUAAAGACUCCUUGGUGAAGAAUGGC